AUGGCCGAACACGUGCUAUUCACUGAGGAGGUGUCAAAUGUGUUGACGCAGCCAGAAGGCCCGCGGGAUGAGGCUCGUGAAGUGCCCUCGGUACGGUGCUACUAUCAUUUGACUAGGUCGUACACCGUGGCCGGCUUUGCCGGCAGAGGAGUGUUUCCAGGGUCGCUGUCCUCAGAGAUGCUCCAUACAACGGCGAAGCCAGUUGAGGGUCUUUCACGCCCACCUCGGCUGCUCGCAGCACCGCCUCUGGCAGAAGGGGCAGAGCCACUGCACAUGGCGGUACCUGUGUGUCCCACCGGCGUUUCUCUGAUGCGGCCGGCGCUGUCCCCCAACAAGGGCCCAUCCAGGCCUGUAGCCGUCUGUGCGCCUUCGUCUUUUCGCACCGCCACCAUGAGUGAGGCGGCGCUGGUGUUCGAGUCGACUAUGGCAGAGGGGAUGUCGAAACCGGCCCCUCGUCCACCAGCGCCGAAUUCUUGUGUGCAGCCUGCAGAGGAGACCACGACAUCGCCGUUUCGCGUGAAUCGCGUGUGCGCUGGACAGCUGCCUCGGUACAGGCAGAUGGUACUGCCGGCGCGUCGGCUGCAGAGUCGCCACGUCUCGAAGAUCAAGACGUUACCAAUAUUUAAGGAGGCAGACUUGUCGGUGACACUGUGGAGCGAGGCUGCAUCGCAGGCGGAUGUGUUUGCCUUCUUCGGCUCUCAGGACGGCUCAGUUGAUCUGGCUGCGAGCUCGCCACUGCGAGGCCACAACAAGGCCCCCGUCAGCAAGGAGUUGUCUUGGACUGUCGUUGAUGCAGCGUACAGCAGUCUCUGCGACCUCUCCUUUAGCGAAAACAUCUUUUCUGCAGGGGAAACUGCGACGGGCGGGUCGCCGGGUAGCGGUAUUCUUCGUGGUCAUGUGAUCGACCCGCAGGCGGUCUUGAGCUUUCGCAGAGACGGGGCACGACGCCAGCGCGAGGCGCCGAGGGCUUCCAGUAACGCAGUUCUUCAGUAA